UUUCCUUUAUAAUUCUAUUAUUCCUCUCCCAGAUUUGAGUAAAAUUUUCCCUGGACUCCCGGGAAGCAGGAUUCAAUAAGCUGGAGACUUUGUGGCCCUUAACAACCCACAGCAACACUUGUGUGUUCUAGUGCAACGUCUUUUCUUUUAAUACAGAGCAUUCAGGCAAUUAUAUUAUUUUUCAACAGCCUUUAAUAAUAGCAGUAUCUUGUGACAAAGACUGCAUUAAUCAGAAGUUUUCUUAGGCUUAGAUGAUUACUUACCACACUUCGUCUGGCUUUUUUUCUGGGUUUCAGUAACUUUGUUUAGGUCUUACUAAUGAAAUGCUGUUAUCCUGGUCAGCAAGAUGUGGAGUCAUAGUGAAAUCAAACUUGAAACAACUCUGGGUCUGUAAUUUACAUAUAAAUAAAUAUGCUUUAUUUUAUAGUAAAUCUGUAUUAAGUGUUUGCAGAAAGUCAAAAUGGCCAACACUUUUGCAACAGCAAGGCAAUGUGGGUUUAUUACAACCUAUAAGAAAAUUACACACAACAAGACCUCGGUAUGUAAAUCCUGUAUUAGUGGCAAUUCUACGACCUAUAAGCAAAAUGCUAGCGGUCUUGGUGGGUCGUGGUUUCAGAAAAUGGUGGCAGGCUUUACCAAAGCAGAAGAGAGAGAUAUUUAUCCAACAUUUUAUCCGCAAUAAAAUUCGCUAUAUAGGUGGAUCAACUUUGCUUGGUUUUAUGGGUUACACUUAUUAUGAGAGUCACAUGACCACUACUCCUUUUAGCGGACGUCGAAGAUUUAUGAUAUUUACAUCAGAUCAACUUUUCACUAUUGCUCAACACACUUAUGAAAUGGAAAUAGCACAGUUUAGUCAUCUAAUGCUCCCACAAAAUCACCCACUGGUUGAGCAAGUAAGAAGGGUUGGUAACCGAAUAUUGCAGGCAAACAAUACCAUUCCCCAACUAUACACUAAAGAAUGGACUGUUACUGUUAUUGAUGAUCCCAUGGUCAACUGCUUUGUCCUGCCGAGUGGUGACAUUGUCAUGUUUCGAGGGAUGAUGGAUGUUCUUGAGAAUGAUGACCAGGUGGCUGUUGUCCUUGCACAUGAAAUGAGCCAUGCUAUCCUGGAGCAUGCAGCAGAACUACUUAGUCAUGGGUACCUUCUAGACAUGCUGAUUCUUGUACCCCUGGCAGUAAUUUGGGCUUUUAUUCCUAGUGAUGGCCUGGCAGUAGUUACACACUGGUUUUUAAAUCAAGUCAUCCAAGUUUUGCUUCAGCUGCCCUACUCAAGAAUUUUAGAAAAUGAAGCUGAUUUUGUUGGAUUACAAGUAGCUGCCAAGGCUUGCUAUGAUGUACGAGAAGCCAGUGCAUUCUGGGGUAAGAUGUCCAUAAUAGAUAAACUACGGGAAGCACGUGGUGAAGCAGUAAAGGAACCUGCAUGGUUAUCGACACACCCAUCACACACUGACCGCCAAGAGAUGAUAGAUUUACAGAUGUCUGAGGCUAUUAUGCUUCGAGAUGCUUGUCAGUGUCCACGGCUAAAAUCAAAAGAUCCAAGACAUUCAGUAUGGAUGCUUCAAAAGCAGUUAGUACAACCUUCUUCAAAAGGGAUGCAACUUAAAGAAUCACCUGGUAAUAAUGAUCAGAAAAUCAGCACAGAAAGCAUAGUAAGCCCCAUUUAAAAUGCAAAAACUGUUAUUAGACAGUAGCUGAAAUAAGUUACAUCAUCAAGGUGCCUUUGUAAAACCCUCGUAAUUGCAUAUUUCAAAUUGAACAUUGUUUAUAUAGUGUGCUCUUUUUUUUUAGGUUUGAUGUUUAAGAGAGAUGUACUGGUGUUCAGUGAAGCCAGCAGCAGUACAUAUAUGUAUACAUAUGUGGGAGGAAGAAAGUUGGGUAAGAAUUAAUUGAGGAAAGAGAUUGAGGUAGGUUCAACAAAAUUUAAAGAGAGAAUUAGUGAGAAGGGUAAUCAGAUGAGGAGAGAAUGUUGCUGGGGACACAGAAAUUAUAUAUGACUUGUAAAGGGUUCCUCUUUGCUAACUGGAUGUAUCAUGAAUGUAGACUAAUAACAUUAUCUAGCAAAAUUUUAACUUUUUAUCCAGUUCAGAAACCAAAUUGGUUGUUUUAAGCUACUCUUACGCAUUGAUUGUAAAUCUGAGCUUGUUUAGUCUCUAUCGUGUAAAGUUUUUUGAAGUCUUAUGAUCAGUAUUUCAGCUAUUUAAGGUUGAAAAACCACAUGAUAUAUAUUAAUAUAUCUAUACAUAAUUCUCCAUGGUGAAGUGGAACAGAAUUCUUCCACUGUAAGCCAUGUGUGUUGUAAGAGGCGAUUAAAAUGCCGGGAGCAAGGGGCUAGUGACCCCUUCUCCUGUAUACUACAUUACUAAAGUUAUGAAGAGAAACUUUUGUUUUUCUUUUCGGGCCACCCUGCCUUGGUGGGAUACGGCUGGUUUGUUGAAAAAAAAAGACAGCUCUAUACAUAAAAUAUAUAGUAUAUACAGCAGAACCUCGGUUGUCUAAUGCACUACUCGUCGAACAAAUCGGUCUUUGAACAAGGAAUUUGAGAAAAAAAUGUCCUGGUUUUCCUGCGUGCACUUGGUUGUCGACUGUCAAUGCUCAGAUCACGUGAUCACCAGACAAAGAGUCCACAGCGUGGGUCUCGGUAAGUUAGCAACUAAUGCAUGUGCUGUGAGCAUCUCUUCAGCUCUUGCUGUGAAUCUUGUGAAUUUUUUGUUAUUUUGUGGUUUUGGUGCAAUUUUUUUUAUUGGGAGAUAAGCCAUCAUGGAUCCAAAAAAGGAUAGAAAGAUGAAAACAAAAAGAAAAGUUGUAAAAUAUUUAUUGUUUUAUGUUUGUUGUGGAAAUUCUUUCAGUUCAUUCAUUAUUAACGGUAGUACAACAAGAAAUAGGGCAGUAACUUCAGAGAUAUUCUAGGAAACGCACACAUAGCUGAUUACUUGGGGGGAAAAAAAUCAACAAAAUUGCGGUUUUUCAGUCUCUACAUACGAUGUAGGUGAUCUAACAUAGUUACCCCAGUGCUAUACAGCCUCUCCUCACUUAACAACAGAGUUCCAUUCCUAAGACCAUGUCGUUAAACGAAUUCGUCGCUAAGUGAGGAGCAUACUAUAAUAGUAGUGAGUUUCUGUCAACCAUCUUUGAUAUUAUUUUAAUGUCACCUUUGCACCAUUUAUAAACAUUUGUGGUAUAUUUUUAAAUGCUUAUACAGUAGUGUACUGUAUAUUGAAAUAAACAGAAUAGAGGAAAUCAUCUCUGAUAUACAUGUAUGUACAUAAUUUAGGUAUGAAUACUGGUCAGAGAGCCCAUCGUAAGUCCGAGGCGUUGGUAAACAAGUACAUCGCUAAGUGAGGAGAGGCUGUAUAUGUUUUCUGUAAUAGUAAAGGACCCAGAGGGACAAGAGAGAACGAUACGUGAGUGUGGUAAAUAUCCCUCCGUGCUUCACUGCUCCACUACCCACCUUUGUAUGUUUUUUUUAUUAAUUUGCCUGUCUUUAUUAUGCUUCUAUGUUAUUUCUCUUAUAGUUGAUAUAAUUUUCAAAUAAAUGUGAUAGGUAGGUAUACUUUCUUCCUAAUAAUAGCAUAAUUAUACAACAUUUUAUAGAGCCGCCUACGUCUUGCUGACUCAGCACUUUUUACUGAGACUCCUGCAUGCAUAGAUGUUGAGGGAUUUCUCCCACAACAAGAGAGAAAAUGCCCAAGAGGACCUGCAUGACUGAAGAGGAAAAGUCAAUGCCAGGACACAAGCCAAUGAAAGACAGGUGACUGUCCUUCCAAGCAGUAACAUGCCUCCCUCCUCUCCUUCACCUCCUCCUUCCAGUAUGCCAUUAGCUUUCCUCUGACAGGUAAGAGGCAGUUAAAUUUUCAUUUACUGUACAGUAUUUCAGUUAAAGUUUCUUUUAGUAUUCAUUUUUACAGUCUUUAUGUAGUAUUUAGUAUAUUUUUAAUAAAUUAUUAUAUUGUCAUUUGGGGUCUGGAACGGAUUAAUUUUAUUUACAUUAUUCUUUGUAUAAAGGCAAAGGGGACAAAAGAGAGUGCAAAAAUUAUAGGGGGAUAAGUCUGUUGAGUAUACCUGGUAAAGUGUAUGGUAGAGUUAUUAUUGAAAGAAUUAAGAGUAAGACGGAGAAUAGGAUAGCAGAUGAACAAGGAGGCUUUAGGAAAGGUAGGGGAUGUGUGGACCAGGUGUUUACAGUGAAACAUAUAAGUGAACAGUAUUUAGAUAAGGCUAAAGAGGCCUUUGUGGCAUUUAUGGAUUUGGAAAAGGCGUAUGAC